GGCAGUGCUACUGAAAUUUUGAAACUUGUAAGACUCAGAUACAAGAAGCAAGGCACGCAUCGGUCAUUCCUGGCUUCUCACUCGUUUGCGAGGGAUCGGAUUCGUCGGUACUAAUCACUCAAUAAUGAUCUCAGGGUCAGGACACCCGAAUGUCGCCUCGGCAGGUACCGUUAUCCUCGAUUACCCUGAUCGAGAGACCGUGAAAUGUAUUCGAUCUGAGUGGUCCAGCUUUUCGUCAGUGCGUUUAUAUGUCUUCGGAUGUGUUUUUUCAAUUUUUUUGAAUGAGGAAUUCCAACGAAGAGUAGAUCUUUUUGUCGCUGAUUGCUUGCUUAACCGUCAUUUAUUUUUGAUGCAGGUUCCAAACAGCCGUGCCCAAUCGGCAGCCUUGCCGCAGUCCAGACCGAGGAACCAGAACGUUGUGACGGAACCUUUCGGAAAAAUAUAAGUGAAUGCAUCUCUCUUCGGAUUGAUAUUACCACCGUUGUCAAUUAGACGUUUGAAAAAGCGCUCUCCCCAAAGACCGGACAU